CAGACAUGGGAACCAUUUGACAAAAAUGGAACAAUUUCCGUGUCUCGUGAUACUCUAAAACCUUAGAAACUCCAAAAAGCUAAAGACCCUCCCUUUGACACAACAAACAACGCACCUUCCCCUUCUUCUUCCUCCUCUUCUAACAUUCCUGUCUAUCACUUAAAAAAACCAUAGCUUUGUUGUUGGUUUUUUUAUUUUUAUUUUUUAUCUAAGAACAAAAAAAUGCAUGCAAAAACGGAUUCAGAAGGGACGAGUAUCGAUGCGUCAUGGCCGCCAAGGUCGCCUCGAAGGCCUGUAUACUAUGUUCAGAGCCCUUCUAACCAUGACGUUGAGAAGAUGUCGUAUGGGUCAAGCCCCACGGCUUCACCAACCCACCAUUAUUACCAUUGUUCCCCCAUUCACCAUUCCAGAGAGUCAUCUACGUCUAGGUUCUCGGCUUCUCUUAAGAAUCCCAGGAGUCUUUCUGCUUGGAAGCAUGUGCAGCUUGGUCGUGGCGAUGAUGACGACGACGACGACGAUGAUGAAAUGGACGGUCGUGAUGGGAGUAAGGCUAAUAAAAUCAGGCUUUACCUUUGCCUUGUUUUCUUGUUUUUCGUGCUGUUUACCGUCUUCUCUUUGAUCUUGUGGGGUGCUAGCAGGAGUUACAAGCCUAAAAUCCUCGUUAAGCACAUAGUGUUUGAGAACUUCCAUUAUCAGGCAGGAAACGAUCAAUCAGGGUUGCCAACAGAUAUGUUUUCGCUAAAUUCAACGGUCAAGAUCUCAUACAGAAAUCCAGCUACAUUCUUUGCCGUCCAUGUCACUUCUACCCCUUGGGAGCUUCACUAUUUCCAGCUCAAAAUUGCCUCUGGACAGAUGAAGAAGUUUACUCAAUCAAGAAAGAGUCAGCGGAAAGUGGUGACGAUUGUGAAAGGGUCUCAAGUUCCGCUAUAUGGUGGGAUACCAGUUCUUGUAGCCUCUAGGGAGCACCUGAACACCAUAGCAGUACCUCUUAACUUGACAUUUGUGAUGAGGUCAAGGGCCUACAUUCUGGGCAGACUGGUAAAGACAAAGUUCUAUGGACGAAUCCGAUGUUCUGUCACUCUGAGAGGAAACAAGCUUGGGACGGCCCUUAAUUUGACAGAUUCGUGUAUUUAUCAGUGACUGCCCCUCUCCUUUCUUACACGACCAGGCUGAGUUAUCAUAUUUUUGGCUUUUUGAAAUUCUUCAUUUACCAAGAAUUUUAGGAGCUUCAAUUUGAGGUAGAUGGUCAAACUCUGAAUAUAUGGAUGUUGUCUGAGGAUUUUUUUGUUAAAUUUGUUCACCUGUUUCUCCUUUUUUGCUGGUUAAUUGCUGUUCAUUGAAUGUAUGUUGUAUUUAUUGGUUAGCAUAGGUUUUCUUGCGUAUAUGGUGGAUAAGCUUUAGUUGUUUUUACCUAAA